AUGGCCCUGAACCUUCGCAAAGGCCUCGACUCUACCCAUACCAUCCUGAUAUGCGACGUAUCCACCUCCGCGCUCGAAAAGUUCCAAUCAGAUGCCUCCGGCCAGGGUCCCGUGGAAGUAGUAAAGAACGCAUAUGACGCCGUACAAAAGGCCGACACCGUCAUAACGAUGCUACCAGAUUCAAAUGCUGUAAAGAAGGUGUACCUUGAUGCCGAAACGGGAGUCCUGGCCGGUGCGGAGAAACUACCAAAAGGUGGAGAGGGAAAGCUGAUCAUGGAAUGCGGCACUAUCGAAACAGCCACAAUCUUGGAAGUCGCAAAAGCGGUGGAAUAUUCCAGCGCAAGCAAGAUGCUGACAUUUGUCGAUGCGCCGGUGUCGGGUGGACCCAUGGGUGCGCAGGAUGGUACUCUGGCGUUCAUGGCAGGCGCGAACAAUAAGGACAUCUUCCCUACCGUGAAGAGCUAUCUGAGUCACAUGGGCAAGCCAGAUGCGAUAUUCCUCUGCGGCGAUAUCGGUGCAGGCACAGCGUUCAAGGUCAUCAACAACUACCUCAGUGCCAUCACUUCGCUCGCAGCGUCUGAAGCCCUGAACAUCGGCUCGAAAAUGGGAUUGGACGUCGCGCUACUUACUGAUGUAAUCAACGUAUCUGGUGGCCAAUGCUGGGUCACGAGUAAGAGCAAUCCAGUGCCAGGGAUACAAGCAAAUGUACCGAGUUCACGGGGUUACGAAGGCGGGUUUCGCAUCGAGCUUUGCGCAAAGGUGUUGGGCAUGGGGAGUCAGCUUGCGGAGAUGGUGGGGGCGCGCACUAUACUCGAUAAGCCUACGUUGGAGGCUUUUGGUGAGGCGAUGCAGGACGAUAGGUAUAAAGGGAAGGACGCGAGGGUGGUGUAUAAGUGGUUGAAUGAGAGUGAGAGAGAGUAG